AUGGAAAAGCAGCGAGCACGGCUUAGUGCAGAAACUGACAGUGCCAGAGCCGAUGCGGAUUCGCUCGCCCAACAAGCUCAUCAAUUGGAAAAGCGCCAGAGGGCACAUGAGAAGCAGGUUGAAGAGUGGCGUCAUCAAUCAGACGAUUUGCAAAGUGAAUUAGACGCUGUUCAGCGAGAGGCUCGUAUGCAGGCUAUAGAGGCACAUCGUUUGGCAACUACCCAGGACUCAUUGCAGGAACAAGUUGAGGGACUGCGUCGUGAGAAUAAACAGCUUAGUCAAGAAGUACAUGAUCUUCAGGAACAACAAAUUGAUGGCCAACGUACUGUAAAUGAAUUGGAAAAAUUCCAACGUCAACUUGAAGGAGAGAAGGAUGAGCUGCAACAUGCGUUGGAUGAGGCUGAAGCUGCGCUCGAGGCCGAGGAAGGAAGGGUUCUUCGGACACAAGUCGAACUUUCGCAAAUUCGUGCAGAAAUAGAAAAGAGAAUUCAGGAAAAGGAGGAAGAGUUUGAAAACACUCGUAAAGCACACCAACGUGUGAUCGAGGGAAUACAAACGUCACUAGAGCAAGAGGCGAAUGCAAAAGCUGAAUUGGCACGAGUUAAAAAGAAGCUGGAAGCUGAUGUUAACGAAUUGGAGUUGGCACUGGAACACGCCAACCGAGCUAAUGAAGAUGCUCAGAAAAACAUUCGCCGUUAUGGGGAUCAAUGCAAAGAAUUACAAGCCCAAAUUGAUGAGGAUCAACGCCGCCGCAAUGAAUUUCGAGAAAAAUACCUUACUGCCGAAAAGCGUUAUCAGUCUCUUAAACAAGAACAUGAAGAAUUGUCCCUUGCUUUGGAAACGACCCAGCGUUUCAAGAAGCAACUAGAGGGAGAACUGAACGAACUCCAGACACAGAACGCGGAGACCCAAGCGGAUAGCCAAUCUUUAUUAUUGGCCAAACAGAAACUUGAACAAGAAUUAACCCUAAUCCGUGCUGAUUUGAAUGAGGCUAGUGGUGAGGUUCUUGCUCAGCAAGAACGCGCAAAGAAUGGAGCCAUAGAAGCUGCUAAAUUAGCGGAGGAGCUUCGUUCUGAACAGGAACGAUCAAAUUUAGUUGAAAGGCAGAAAAAAAUGUUGGACACCCAAGUGAAGGUUGCUUGGAAAUUUAGAGAAUUAUCAAAGAUCUCAAAAAUUAAACUUGUAAUUAAGGACAUGCAAAUGCGCAUAGAGGAGACAGAGAUGGCUGCCAUGAAGGCUGGGCCAAAAUUAGCUGCCAAGUUAGAAGUACAGCUUAAAGCUGUUGAGAGUGAAUUGGAGAAUGAACAACGAAGACAAUCGGAUACUGCUAAAAAUGCAUCAAAAGCUGAGCGUCGCGUCCGUGAGCUUCAAUUUGAAACAGAUGAGGAGCAUAAGAAUUAUGAAAAGCUUUGCGAUUUGGCUGAUAAGCUUCAAGCCAAAAUUCGAAAUCAAAAGAAACAGCUUGAGGAAACGGAGGAACAAGCCGGCUUAAAUCUACAAAAAUACAAACAAAUACAACUCUCAGUUGAUAAUGCUGAAGAGCGUGCUCAAACAGCUGAGAAUAGCUUGGCAAGGAUGCGUUCACGAUCUCGUUUGAAUGUGCCGCAGCAGCGUAGUAGUACGGGACUUUCCAAAUCUGAAACAUUUGCAUAA